AUGGCGAGGGAAUGGAAGUGCUACCUGUUGCAAGCAGUGCUGGGCACAACAGUGAUCCCGUUAUGUGGGCCGGGUGAGAUGGAGAACUGCACAACAGCGCUGAUCCAGACAGAGGACAGUCCGCGUGUGGCUCAAGUUGGGAUCACUCGGUGCAAGCCUGAAAUGAAGGACUACUGCUUCCACGGACAGUGCGUGUACAUCGUGGACUUGGAUGAGCACUACUGCAGGUGUGACGUAGGCUUCUCUGGUGUCCGAUGCGUGCACUCGGAGCUCGUCAGACAGCCCCUCAGCAAGGAGUACGUGGCACUGACGGUCAUCGCAGUUCUGCUUUUCCUCACCGCCAUCUCCAUUGCAGCCUACUACGUCUGCAGAAGGUACCGGAGCAGGAAGAGACAAGCGAACUCCAGCGAAUACAAGGAAGUUGGUGCCCUGUAG